AUGUACACCAGAACCGUCAUCGCUGUUGUGUUUGCGACAUUUGCGUCUUUUGCCGCUGCCGCACCUUUGAACAUAAACCUUGGUGCUUACUCACCUGCUUUGGUAGUAGGUGAUGGUGCCUUAACGUUCCAAGGUGCAGCUGAGGGCGCUGCCGCCGCCGCCGCCGAGGGUGCGGCUAUCGCCAAGGCAUAA